CUUUAAGCCUUUUUAUUUUUCGGCGGACAGAAAAAAACAGCGGCGCCGCCGCCGUUGACGGCUGUCCAGCGAUGACAGCGAUCAGGAAACGCAUUUGACACGCAGUCCAAGAUCUCUAAUACACACACACACACACACACGCACAGUCACUCACACAACACACACAACACUCCACACACAUUCAACUCACACAACCAAAAUCAGAAACCAAAAAACAAGUUAGAAAACGCAAAACGCAAAAGUCGCAGCUUGCAACAAAUGUGGAAAAUGUUGGAUACCAUGAUGGACGCCGAUCUCUUCAUGUUCGAUUGCGAUGAAUGCGCCGGCAUGCCGCUGGCGCCGCCGCCGCAGUUCCUUAUGCCGCCGCCGCCGCGACCCCCGGCCCUCGCCGAGUACACGGUGGUGCCGCAGGACUGCAACGAGGAGCAACUGGCCCAACAGCAAUGGGAGAGCGAUGUCUGCCAGGCCAUGCCGAUAUUGGACGCCAGCUUGUACAGCAGCCAAUCACUGGCCACCUCAGCGAUGAUAGCGGUUUUCUCACUGCUGCUGGUGCUCAUUGUGCUCAUCUCUUCGCUGUUUGUCUGGAAAAACAAACGAAAGGUACAGAAUCUACUGCCCUGCAAGACGCCCACGCGUGGCGCCCUCAGCAGCACGCUGCCAUUGGGUGGCGGCGGGGGUGGAGCGCACGGUGGGCAGCAUCAUCAUCAUGCCAUGUACGAGGAUCCCGAUGCGCAUUUGGGUCAUCAUCGACCGCUGGUGAUGCGGCAUCAUCAAUAUCAGCAGCAUCCGCAUCAUCAGCAUCCGCAUCAUCAUCAUCACCAUCAUCAUCAUUAUCAGCAGCAUCCGCAUGCAGAGCUGCUGCAGGGCAAGAGCAUACAUUAUCCGAGCGGUUAUCCGAUGACGCGCUCUCCGCCCUUCCUUGUCAGCUCCUCACCCGGCCCGGAUCCGUAUCGCUCCAAUGACAAUGUCUACGAGGAGCUGGGGCCCGGACGCGUGGACUCCGACGGCGAGUCGGAGCCGCCGCUGCACUCGGACGAUGAUUUUGCCGAGGACGAACUGUCACUGCCCGGCGAGUGCAGCUUCCACAAGGAGGCCAACAGCAUACCGCUGACAAGCACCGCGCCUGCGUCCACGCCCUACCACGAACGCGCCUCCGGCAGCAGCGGCAGUAGUGCAGCAGUUGCAGUUGCAGGCAUGCAGGUGCCGCCGCCGCAGGAGCGGCACAGCGGGCUGAGCUCUGGCUCCUCGACGGCGCAGGAUGCCUCCACGGCCAGUGCAUCCGCCAGCAGCAGCCACAACAACAACAACAACAUCAACAAUAAUAACAGCAACAGCCACGAGCUGGCAAGCGGCGGCCUGCUGCGCCGCACUCCCCGCAGCCGCCAGCAACGUGCGCAGGACGAGCUGAACAACAGCAGCUCCACGGCGGAGAUUGCAGAUCUGGCGCCACUCUACGAUAAUCGCAGCAACAUGAUGUCCCUCGGCUAUUUGGCGCGCUCGACUGCGCCGCAAUUCUAUAACACGCUCGAGCACGAGGUGGAGCGCCGAAAUCGCAUCAAUGCACAGCUUAGCCGGGCACCGGUGCCGCCGCUGGCAACCAUCUAUCGGGAGCGCAUUCGCUAUCCCAGCGUUCAGCAGUAUGCGCCAAACAGUGCCAACGGCCUGCUGGCUGCCACCAUGCGGGCGCGCACCCAGCCGCGCCUCGUUGAUCGCCGUCUGGCGGCGCAUCAGCAUCAGCAUCACCGCAUCCAUGCGGCGCCGCUGGCAACAGAGCCCGCCUACGGCUAUGCGGAGCCCAUGUACAAUGCCAACUAUUAUUAUGAUAGCGUCGGUGCCGGUGCAAGCGGAUCGGCUCGUCCCUAUGCCUCCACUCUGCUGCCCACAACAACAACAACCGCAACAGGUGCUGCGGCAGAUUACAGGCAACCCUACGGCGACUCGAGCUUUGGAUCCGACUCCGGCUACAGUCACCAUACGCCGGCCAGCUCGAUUGGUCGCCAGGAUUACGAUCUGGCCGAGCCGCAGAUGCAGCCUAAGCCCAGCAAGCUGAGCGCCGCCCUGAGCUUUGGCUGGCAUCGGGCUAGAAAAGCAACUACCACGCCCAUCGCCUCCAUCAGCAGCAGCAAUAACAGCAAUAGCAACAGCAACAGCAACAACGAGGCGACCAGCCCAAACAACAACAGCAACAACAGCGCCUGCUCGACGGUCACCUCGCAGCUGGACAACAACAAUGCGGCCAGCCUAUCCCCGGCGUAGAUCCGAAAGGUAUUACCAGACCCGAGCCAUUCGUGUGUGUAUAUAAACUGGGAGCGUCAGGCUCUCUUCCUCUCUUAAUGUAGGUGUACAGUUAUCUUGUAGUUAGCCUAGAUGUUAAGCUCCUGUAUUUGAGAUAUAACUAAGUGUAGUUCUACCCUCUCUACUGUUCUCUCGCCGCUGCGUGUACAUCGUGAAAGCAAUAGACAUAUGUUUUAGAUAUGCUUAAGUUAGGAACUCCGCCCCCUAUAUAUAUAUAUAUAUCCUAUUUGGGGGCUGCCAUAAGUUAAAAGUCAGUUUAACUUCUAGAAAGCAAAGAACUUAUAGCGUCUAAGUGUUUUUCCAAUGUGAUUGCCAAAUUCUACAAUUUAAUAUAAUGAAAAUAACUGAAAGCAAACUAAUUUAUAACGUAAAUUAUGAAGAAACUAAUCUUUUUUAUUGUCCAACUUUAAGUACAUGUAAUUUUAAUGAAUUUUAUAAGGUUUUGUUUGUUAUUUUAGUUUUUAAGCAAAAGAACAAACCGAAAAGAAACGAACGUUAAAGAAAACUUAGAAAAAAACAAUACCAAAAUAUUAAAUGAUAUCACAAAAUUGAAACUCAA